AUGUAUGUAACUAACUAUCGCAUUUUAUGGGUGUCGAAUCAGACGCCCUUCAUGAACAUCAGCCUGCCGUAUGUUCAGAUGAAACAUGUCCUGUCACGAUACAGUCAGCAUGGAACAGCAAUGGUAGUGGAGAGCCACGCGACCGCAGGCGGCUACUGUCUGGCGUUUCGCAUUCAAUCGGUGACAUCGGAAACCCCGAAACCGCGCGAGACGGGCACGCGAGAGACACCGUUGUCAUCUCAUCAACAGCUCGGUGCACUCAUUUCCGCAGUAAACAAAUGCUUCCACGAGAUGCGCGCGCGCCCCUAUUUCGGCCCAGUCGACGAAGAGAGAAAGACGGAACAGGAGAACUUUGUGAUUGUCGUCGCGGCCGGGUCUGCACAGCCCGCCGUCCCUCCGGCGGUCCCCGCAGCACCCUCAGCGACUGCCGACAGCCGGCCUGGGCCUCUUUCGCCUCCGCCUCUCGGCGCGUCCCGCGGGCUAGACCGACCUGUGUCAGUUCCGCCUUCACCGAGUGUAGGCGCACCAGCGGCGGAGGGUGGGCCAGCUGGAAGAGCCAACCUGCUCGAAGAGAUCCGAGGUGAAACGCCAGGACAUGUCGAAGGGCGAGAACAAGAUUUAGGCGUGAGGACGUCCCCAGAGAGAGGGGAGAAGAUCGGCGUAGAGGGAGACGACAACGAGGCAGACCAUCCCAGAGAAGGGCGGCGAAGGCGAGUGUGCCCGCCCGAUACUGACCUCGCGUCCAACCCUCGCGCGACUGGUACGGAAGAAGGCGAUCGCCCGCGGAUACUGUCAGCAGCUGAACACGAGGCGCAUGUCUCACCGCCAGCUCGGCCUGACGAGCCUGGCUUUGAGUCGCAGCACGCAGAGCCCCUCGUCGGGGAGGGACCUGGAAUGCCUGAACUGCCCCCCGUUGUUGUCUUCUCCGUCCCAGCCGGUCCGUUCCCUGAGGCCCGCAGUGACUUCCCAGUGCUCCUUCCCUUCCACAGCGUCCGUUUCGCUCUGGCUUCUGCACCAGCCUCUUCGGUCGAUCGCGCUUGCUGGCUCUUCUUUCGCACUCAGGUCUCUGGGGGGUCUGCGGCGCCGCCAGGUGGGCCCUCGCGUCCGGGUCGGGGCAUCGGCAGAUUCCCUUUUCCGCCGUUUUCUUCGCCUUCCCAUGCCCCACCUGCGAGCAGUCAGGCGCGGUCGGGCCUUUCGCCUCCCUCGUCCUCUCUUCCCGCGUCAGUCCCAGAACAAGCAGACACACGCGGUCUCGCUUCCUCGUCCCCGGCUCGGCACUGCCAUCCAGGCCUGAGUCCUCCCGCCCGAGGAGGCGCACUUCACCCCGUCCUCCCGGCCGCCUCGUCUCCUCGGCUUCGCGAAGGCCCUUUUGGGGGCCCGGAAGAGGAGACAGCGGGCCCAGAGGCCCCCACGGCUGGGGACCGACGCGGAGGCGCGACGGACGGGGCGCCUGCAGCCGAGGCCGCGCCCUCCUCUGGGGUAGCGGUUCCUCUGGACCUAACAAAGGAAAACCAGAGAGCCGAUCCGCUCGCCCCGAGUGCCCGAACCCUCGCUCUUCUUUCCCCUUCGAGUGCAAAGUACAUAACCGCUCCGAAAUGUGUCAUUUGCUUGACUUCUCCAGAUGAAGUAGGGACUGCGUCCGCGCCCGCGCCAGGAGUCUCUUGUCACUCGAUCUUUCUCGUCUCAGAUUCAGACUUUCCGUGCUCGGAGGCGCCCCGCGUUCUCACCGUGCCCGUUCGUUUCUGCCCAAAGUGGUCCUUGCGUGCGAAUCAGACCGUUCGCGACUAA